AUUCCGGUCCCCUCUCAAAUCUCACCGGUCAACACGUCAUGCAGAACAUCGCUCUUUCCGUCGGCAGGUCGACCUCGAGCCCCGAAACAAGCGACGCUACCGCUGUGCGGCCCAGGCACCUACGGGCUCGUUCAAGCUCCCUUCCCGGCAUUAAACUCACAGCGCGUGACCCCGAUGAUGCCGAUGAAGCUACACGCGACGAAGUUGCGCAAAGCGAUGGCCUCGCUGCUCGAGGCGGAGACGAUCAUGUUGUGCGAGACGAAGGCCAUGGUGAAGGUGUUGCUGCACACGACGAAGCACGACCACUCCCUACCGACAUAUCCGAUCGCAUUGCCAUCGAAAUUUACGAGAGGGUCUUCGACCACAUCACGGACCAGUUCACGCUCUUCAUUGCCGCAUCGAUUUCCCGGUCAUGGUAUCCUCGCGCUACUCACUGGCUCUAUCACAGCAUUUCCAUCCCAUCGCGCGCGAGCUACGACUUGUUAGUGAACCAGCUACACACAUCGCCCCGUGUCCAGCGAUGGUUACGGUCCACACACAAAGUAACGCUCGGGUACCGAGACGGCAGUGGAUCGAAUAACUCAGGUACUCCCUUCCUGGACACCUUCCCUCUCUUGUUCGGCCAGGCAUGUCCUUCCCUGCAGGUGCUCGACAUCGGUCGGAUUCUGCGUCCUAAUCCGCAUCCGACUUUCCAUCGUGCCCUGCGUCAGUUCCAGCACGUCGUAUCGUUGCGCCUGCAUGAUGCCGAACUGAGCAACAUUGCCCAGUUGCGACGGAUUGUCUGUGCCUUAACGUGUCUAGAAGAGCUUGCUUUGGACGAUCUGGUACUCAUCGAGCCACAACUAUCACAGCCUGGUGGUGUUAUGCUCCAAGAUGUCCUUUCCCGGAAUCCCUGCAACAUCCGGCUCAAGCGACUCCGAGUUGAAGCGCAUACCUCCGAUUGCAUAAAGACUUUCGGCCGGAUGGUCGAUCAGUGGUUUGUAUGCUCGCGGAUAUGCAGCUCUCUGGUCGAACUGGUGACGGUCUUCGAAAACGGGGAACCGGGCCCUGCCGCUCAGGCUGGGCAUGUCAACCGGCUACUCCAGUUCUUGGGGCAGUCUCUGACCUCCUUCCAUUGUGAAAACUACAUGGAGCUCCGUGAGUCUUGCGAUCUAGCGCACAACACGGCCUUACGUCAAUUGACGUUGCACUUGAAUAAUUUCGCCACUACUUCCCCGUAAAGUCCUCGGACUUUGCACAAGCAGCAAGGGAGCUUCGUGAGGCCUUCUCCACGGUUCGAAGCAGCCUCGAGCAUAUCACAAUCUGCUUCAGAUUCGAGCUUUCCGGCUACCUGGACGAGGAGAACUUCAGCAAGUCUUGCAAGAGGCUCGAAGCCGAC